CUUGGUGUUGCCAAAACCAAUGGAGCUUAUUUUGAUAUUGUGCUUGGUGGCGUCGACCAAGCGGAUACGCACGGUGCCAUUUGGCGCUGAUUGUGUAACAGGCACUGGUGAUCUGGCCAGUUUUUGGGGGAACAAACUUGGCGGCCAAUUUGAGCGCAACCAACAGGUCGGUUCAUCAGGGUCUCAAGCUCGGGUGAUUAUGGAUGGGUUGCACAAUCUGUAUGUAGAAUGCCAUUGGAUCGGAUGGUGAAAUGACUAGCACACCAUCUUCAAGGAACUCAAAGCAGCGACAAAAGCAACGGUAGCCUUGUGGCUGUGUUUGUUGGGGGGGGGAGGUCUGCUAACUCUGCAUUCAAUAUGAGUCUAAGUCUGAGUCCCCACAUACUCUUGUUAACACGCUAGGCAUACAUACUCCUCAGCGACAUAUAGGCCGCCCCAAAUGCGAGACUCUGGUUGGCACUGAGCACAACCUAUAAUGCAAGUAGUUUUAACAUCACAUAGUUGAUGCACAUGAGGAAUACGCUCUGAUUGCUGCCCGUUUGGUAAAAAAAAAGUAUAUAUAUGAAUAAGUGCAAUGCGUGACAAUAUCCGGUACAUGCAGU